GUUAAUAAACAAUAUUCAGCCACCGAUUUGGAGGCUUUUAUGAAAAUCGCCGUCAAUUGGCAGAAUAGUAAUCACAAUUUGUUGGAAGGAGUCGAUAUAAAAGGAGAAAUGCAGCAAUACAUGAACAGUCCUGCCAUGAAUAUGUACAAAAAGCGUGAACGCACACAAAACUGGAAUCAUCAGGAGAAGAAGUUCUUGCUUGACUUGUGUCGCAAGGACAUGCGGAUUAUCGAAAACAAAAGACUCGAUGCGGGGUUGACGGCGGUAAAGAAUAAAGCCUGGAAGAUAAUACAUCAGAAAUUCUCAAGUCAAUUUGGUACAGAUCGCACCUGUAAUCGCUUGAAGGAGCAAUGGCGGCGCAUGAAAGCUUGCACGCGUAACGAAAUUUUAGACUAUAAUAAUCGUUUGGCCAGAUUUGGUGCAGAGGUCGCUGAUCGCAAGAAGCCAUCGCCAUUCACAUUCGAAGUUUGGGAAUUCAUGCAGGAGGCCAAGAAAGCUUGCAAAUCAGAAGCUUUGGAUGGAAUUGACUACUCAAAGAUACCGUUGGCGCUUGAAGAGGAUUACGAAUAUCGCGAAGAUGAACAAAAUGGCGAGGAUGAUCACGAUAUGGAUGACAGUCGCACCCCACCACAGGAGCUCUGCGAUGUCGAUAUCAAAGAGGAAACCAAUGAGACCUUCAACGACACCGUCAACAAUCACCAUGAAUCACUGGCGGCCGGUGAACGCCGUCCCUCCUCCUCUUCGCCGAACCUCAGCCGCCUGGGCGCACACGAUCUCGAACGCGCCAGCCUACACAGUCCAGCUGGUAAUUUGGCGACGGCCAGUGAACUCACCAACCCCAGCUUUCUCACACAGAACGGUGCUAGUGGCGGUGGUGCAGCGAUCGGUGGCAGCGCCGGCGACAUGGGCGCCUUCCAGCCUGCCUUCAACAUGAGCAACAUCUCCGCCACAUUGGAAGCGUUGAAUGCGUUACGUACCGGGCAAUUUCCCUCGGCAGCCGCUGCCGCUGCAGCUGCCUUACAGAAUAAUUUCGCUGCCGCCGCCGCGCAGCAACAUAGCCAACAGCAUCAGCAACAACAGCAAAUGACAACACCAAGCAGCAACGACCAGCCACUGGUUAAGCGUCCGCGCAGCUCGAGUGGCAGCGGUAAUGGCGAAGAGGUGUUGCAUGAUUUGUCAAUGAAUGGCGCCGCUGCCGCUGCAAUAGCCAACACAGCAACCUCACAGCUGGGCGGCAGUGCGUUGGGUAUUGCGCCUAGUAGCACGCCUGAGAUGCGCGCCUUCAUGGAUAUGCAGAGCAAAGAGCAUUUGAUGCGCAUGAAAAUACUCGAAGUGCAACUGCAAGCGGCCAAAUAUAGUCGCGAUCUUGUCGAGAUCAAUAAGACAUUGGCGCUGCAGAAGCUGCAGGAGUUGGCCAGCAAGCGUCUGACGAGCUAAGUGCGGCGGAUGAAAAAGUGCGAGUAGUAGACGCGUGUGGAAGCGGAAGUGGAAGUGGAGGAAGUAGUAUUUAUGAGAGUUGCUUGCAUGGAAGCGCUGCUGGCGUGCUUUUCGGCGUUGGGAAUGGGAUGUAAGCGGAAAAAGGCAGCAACGUGGCGCGGAGAUAAGCGCUUCAAGUGGCAACCGCUCGUGUUUUCGUUACAUACCUACAUACAUACAUAUGUAGCUACAUAUUACUUUUUAUUUAUCAAACGUUUGAAGAAUUAUUAUAGUUUUGUUUGCUCUUUUUUUUGAAUAGAAACAACAUUCCUGUUAGCGUCAGUUCAAUACAAACCUAAUUUACUGUUAUUAGAAAUAGUUGCUCUUCUUUUCAUUGUUACUGUGUUUGAAGUCACAAAUUUUAAAGAAUACAAAGAAAUAUGGAAUAUGAAGUUAAUAAAUAAAAAAAAAAGUAAUUUUACUUAAUUUUUGAAAUAAUUUUCGCCAAGACAGUAUUUACAAAGUAGUUAUAACAGAGUGAUAGAAAAUGUAUUAAAAAAUAAAACAAUCCUUUAGGUAUGCAAUAGUUAACACAAUAGCCCUACCUCAGUGGUCACAACCAUGUUGCAUAGUAAGAAAUAUAAACAGUUGAAAUUAGCUAACAAACUUUAAAAACAAACUUGUUAUUGGUUAAAAAUAAAUUCAGUUUGGUAACAUCGUUUCGGAAUGUACAAAAAGUUCGCCCUAUAUAUGUAUACUACAUACAUGCAUACAUAGGUAUGCACAUACCUUUGUAUGUUGCUUAUUUUUAGUGUGCUUAUCUAAUUAAACCUCAAUUUUGCAACCAAGCAAUGCUUGAUUUUUAAACGCUGAUAGGCUCCACAGAAUUGCUUUAAUUUUAACUUAGUAGUAAGCUAGUUGAAUUCGGAGUGUGGGCGGCAAACAGCUGCGCUUAGAUAGCUUAAGCUCGCAAGCCAUUAACGGCAACCCGAAAGCCGUUCUUUGUAAAUUAAAUUAUGAGAAAAGCACGACGAAGUUCCAAAAUUUUGGGCCAAUUUUAUGGGCCAUUGAAACAAAAAGAAAAUAUUCUAAAUACACUCAACAUUUCUGGGGUGCCAAAAACUCAAAAAUUGUGUAACCUUGAUUUUUUUUUUUUGGAAAUAUAAAAACGGUGUUGAAUAAAAAUUACAACAAUUUGUUCUCCGAUUAAUCUAGUUCACGUUAACUAUAUAUGUAUAUGGAAAGCAACAGUCUGUUCUGGAAGAACAAUAUUAUAAAAAUUAAUAGAAUAAAAAUCAACACUAAGAGUAAUAAAUGUGUAAAAUUGAAAUAUUUUUGUACUUAUAACACUUGUGUAGCAAUACAUGUACAUAUAUUAAAUUCAUAGUGUAAAGAAAUGUUGCAUAAACAAUAAAAUGAAAUACAAAAAAAAAAAAAAAAAUUCCACAUAAACAGUGAAAAUGCAACUUUUAUAUACAAUUGUUACAAAGCGCAAAUCACAAAAUGAAGAUAACUUUGAAAAUAAGCAAAUAUAUAGUUAUUUUGUAUAUGUAAAAGUGAAUUAAUUACUUAAUUUUAUUGAAAGUAAAUAUUUUAAACAAAUAAGCACUUAAAAGGCGCAAAAGUAUUCACUGGAGUAUUGUAGUAUCUUUUCUUUAUUAAAUUUAAGUUUAAGUAAUAUUGCAAACUUAAGGUUAACCUCUCUGAAAAUGAAGAAGAACAAAACUUUUACUUUAAUCCAUAAGAAAAUUAAAUUAUUAGAAGUAUGUAUUAAAGCGUGAAGCUUUCAAUAAUUCUUUUAAUACAUAUUAGGCGUGUUUUUUUCACACGCAUACGUAUCUGCGCUUAAAAUUUAUAUUACCGAUGCUUGUUUGUUUUACACAUUGAGCGCAGAUGUAUGUAUAUGCGUCUAAAAAAACACGCCCAUUAUACACUUAUGUUUUUUAAUGUUUGCUUUGGUUAUUAGUUUUGUACUAUUAUUUGUAUUAUUUAUUUUUACUAACUUUA